AUGGCUGACGACAACGUGGCGGAAUCGCUUGAAGAGACAUGGGCGUUCCUUAAAACUGGCAUUGAUAAUGUCUUCAAACAGCAGAGCUUCGUCCCAAAGGUUUAUAUGGCUCUCUACCAAUCAAUCUUCCGUUACUGCACUUCCGUUGAUCUAAGCAAUCGGAAAGUCGGAGCAAUGGAAUUAUAUGAAGCUGUGGAAGGCUACCUAAAUGCUUACACGAUUGAAGUAUUCAAAAAAAUGAAGGAACUCGUCGGCGAGGAUCUCCUCAAGUCGUACACCACCGAGUGGGAGUCAUUCCUGUUCUCAGUCAAGGUGCUGGACGGAAUAUGCAGUUAUCUGAAUCGAGACUGCAUCAACCGGCAGCGAGACGAGGGAAACUUGAAUAUCCAUACCAUAUACCGACUCGCCAUGGUUAUCUGGAAAAGAGAAAUGUUUGAUAACCAGGACAAGAAGAUUAUCGAUGCGGUGCUAGAGUUGAUUCGACUGGAAAGAUCUGGAACUCCUAUUAAUAGAGCAUUUGUCUCAUCUGUCACCGGAAAUCUGAUAGAGCUCGGAGCCAAGGAUGUUGACCUAAAGAAAGAGACUACACCCUCAAAAGAUUUCCCAGUCUACAAAGAGGUGUUCGAAGAGAAGUUCCUCGCUGCAACUCGUGAAUUCUACACUGCGGAAAUCCAAAAGUUCCAUGAAGAAAAUGACUCUGUUACCGACUACAUGAUCAAAGUGGAGACACGUCUUCAACAAGAAAAGGAUCGUCUUCAGUUGUGCCUCCACUACUCAACCGGCCCACUUCUCAGUGACUGCUGCGAAGAUGUGAUGAUCACCAGGCAAUUGGAGUUUAUUCAGAACCAUUUUGGAAGACUUUUGGAGCAGAAGAUGGACGAACAUUUGACCAGAAUGUAUGGACUCUGCAAUCGUGUCAAAGAAGGUCUGGAUGCUCUCCGUCAUGCUCUACAGGAAUAUGUGACGAAGGAAGGACAGGAGGCCAUUCAGAGAGUUGCCACGGAGGCGUCAAACGAUCCGAAGCUCUAUGUGAAGACACUGUUAGAUAUUCACGAGAGAUACCAAGGAUUGGUCGACCGAUCUUUCAGAAAAGAUCCAGGAUUCUUGAAGUCGUUGGACAAUGCGGCCAUCGCAUUUGUGAACAGAAAUGCAGUGACGGCUCGUUGUAGUCCGGUUCAGGGACCACUCAAAUCAGCGGAGCUGCUCUCGAGAUAUUGUGACCAGUUGUUCAAAAAGAGCUCGAAGAUGCCAGAUGAGAUGGAAAUGGAGGUGAUGCAAAAGCAAGUGAUCACUCUCUUCAAAUACUUGGAUGAUAAAGAUGUCUUCCACAAGUUCUACGCCAAGAUGUUCAGCAAACGUCUCAUCACCGACAGCUCCGCAUCCGAUGAAGCUGAGACGUCGUUCAUCGCAAAGCUCACCGAUUGUUGCGGUUUCGAGUUCACCUCCCGCCUUACCAAAAUGUUCCAAGACAUUCAAGUCUCCAGGGAUCUCACUUCGGAAUGCAAGGAGAAGUUUUCCGAUGGAAAGAAGUCUAUUGAGUUCAACACUCUUGUCCUCAGCUCUGGAUCCUGGCCAAACUUCCCGACGGCUAAGUUGACUCUCCCCCAACAGCUCUCCACUUCGGUUGAGAACUUCCAAAAGUACUAUCAAGAGAAAUUCACCGGCCGUCGCCUCUCCUGGGUCUACUCUCAAUGCCGUGGUGAGGUGACGUGCUCUGCUUUCAAAGGCAAGAAAUACGUCUUUGGUGUCACGACACCUCAAAUGUGCACGCUUCUUCUCUUCAACGAGCAGGCCGUCUACGUGGCCGAGAAGAUCAUGGAAGCUACUGGAAUGGACGUGAGGACAACCGCCGCCAUCGUUGGCUCCCUGGUCAAGAAUCUUGUCCUCAAGUCGAAUAUGGAGCUCAUUGGAGAGGAUGUCCCGCUGACUGCCACCAUUACCUUAAACGAGCAGUACACCAACAAAAAGGUCCGUGUCGAUCUCUCGAAGAUUGCCAUGAAAGCGGAGGCUGUCAAGGAGACAGAGAAUGUCCAGAGGGGACUGGAACAGGACCGAAAGAAUAUGAUUGAUGCGUGCAUUGUCCGAGUGAUGAAGGCCCGCAAGCAGUGCCAGCAUCAGCAGCUGACGUCCGAGGUCAUCAGCCAACUGACCACCAGAUUCAAGCCAAAGGUGGAGAUGAUCAAGAGGUGCAUCGGAAGCUUGAUUGAGAAGGACUAUAUGAAACGAGUCGACGGGCAGAGGGAUGUGUACGACUACGUGGCUUAA